UUGUAGAAGUGAGCCGUGAUUCUGAGCUCUAACGUGUUGUUCUGCGCCAUCACCUGCCCGUGGAAACCCGGAACCACUGAAAGUGAUCCAAGGGGUGCGGCUUUCUUUUUCUUUUUUUUUUACAGGAAAGUGAAAGUGAAGGAAAUGAAACUGACUGUUACAAAACAACUCUACUGCCCGCCAGCCUGGCAGAGCGAAUGAAGAGCCAUGGCGUCCGCUGCGUCCACUCCGAGGAUUUGACCUGUCCCGUUUGUCGGACCAUCUUCGCGGAUCCGGUGACUCUUCUCUGCGGACACUCCUGUCCGAGUCCGCAGUGUCCACAGUGUGAGACAGCCGUUCCGACGUUGUGUGGUCUUCCAACCAGCGUUACACUGAAGAGGCUCGCUGAGAAGAUGAAGAAAGAGAACGGGAGAGACGGAGCAGAGGCGGCUAAGCUGUGCCCUGAGCAUGAAGAAAAGCUCAAACUGUUCUGCGUCACAGAUCAGCAGCUGGCUUGUAUCAUAUGCCGAGACGCUGAGAGGCACGACGGGCACAAGUUCAAACCCAUCAAGGAAGCAGCCGCAUCCCUGAGACGGGAGCUGGAGGGGGGCAUGGAGGGCCUUCGCAGCGACAUCGUCGCUACAGAGAGCCUCGCCCACACACAGAGGGCGGAAAUGACGAAAACCACGGAGAAGUCUCAGCAGCUGGCGACACAAAUCCGCAGGCAGUUUGAGGAGAUGCACCAGUUUCUGAGGAAGAGAGAAGAUGAGGUGAAGAAUGAGCUGCGAUGCAAAGAGGAAGACGCUGUCGAGAGAAUGAGGGGGAGCUUGGAUGCUAUGGAGACCGCUUUGUCCCAGAGCAGGGAGUUGGAGGGAGAGCUGACAUCGGUUCUGCAGAUCGAAGACUCUGAGGGACUCUUGAGGAGCUGGACUGAGGGUAACAGCAGGGCGGCCCCGGAGCGCUUAUUCAGGCCCAGGGCCAACGAUCUCCAAGUGGUGAACACCUCGAUCUCUUUGGGGCCCUAUGAAAGCCACCUGCAGUUCUUUGUGUGGAAGGAGAUGCUGCAGGUGAUCCAGCCCCGAGCAGAGCUGCUCUCACUCACGACCAACCGCGCAGCUAUAACCGUUUCUGAUGAUGGCCGGAGUUUGUUUUGCACUCCCAAGCGCGAACAAGCUCCAUCAGGUCACUCCUCCAUUUUUGGCACCAACGUAAGAUCCGGCCAAAACACGGGCUUAAACUUUGGUUCCACCGCAGGAUCAGAGUUUAACUUUGGUCCCACCGCAGGAUCGGAGUUUAAAUUUGGUCCCACUGCAGGAUCGGGCCAAAACACGGGCUUAAACUUUGGUCCCACCGCAGGAUCGGAGUUUAAAUUUGGUCCCACCGCAGGAUCGGGCCAAAACACGGGCUUAAACUUUGGUCCCACCGCAGGAUCGGAGUUUAAAUUUGGUCCCACCGCAGGAUCGGGCCAAAACACGGGCUUAAACUUUGAUCCCACCGCAGGAUCAGAGUUUAACUUUGGUUCCACUGCAGGAUCGGGCCAAACCGCAGCCUCCUCAAUCAUAAGCCAUGUAUUCAGUGUCAAUGAGUUUACUUCAGGGCAACAUUACUGGGAGACAGAGGUUGGACUCAGAGACUAUUGGGCACUAGGGAUAAAAGAUUAUUUCCUGAACUACGACGGCCAGAAAUAUUCCACCUGUAGUCCCAAAACAACCACAGAGCUAGCACUUGGAGCCAGACCUCGGAAGAUUGGCAUUUACCUUAACUGCUCCUCCAAGAAGCUCUCCUUCUACGAUGCAGACAACAUGACGCACAUUCACACUCUGAGCGCUGGUCUCAUGUCCACACCACUGUCAGCACAGUUCAACAUCAGAGUCGCAGCACCUGAUCGUAACCCUCUGACGGUGUGCUGGUACUGAGGUCCAGAUCAUUAUCACAACAGGAUUCAGCUUUGAGCAGAACUGAUCCAAACAUUAGACAGGUUCAAAGCUUCACACCAAAGGAAAUGAAUGGAGUAAAUCCAUCACCAAAUCUAAAACAGUGUAAUACAUAUUUCUAUAGGUCAGUCUGGCGUUCUACCAUUUCCAUGGGCUUCAUCAUAGGGCUUGUGGUUGUGGUGUCGUAUGGUAUAUGUAGCACCACGUAAACACAUUUGAAUGUUGUUGUUCUGUUGUCCGUCAGAUUGUGAAUGUUAUGUAUUAUUUGUGGUUCUAUGUAGUUUCCUGUCUGUCUGACAUGUCAUGCCGCUCUGUCACCAGUGGAGGGCGGUGUUUUCAUGUGACGUGCUGUGUGAGGCUGGUGAACAGCAGAUCGCUGUUUUCAAUACAAAAAUAACAUGAACAAAUAUGCUCAAUAAAACGUUGUUGGCUCAAAACUUUGGUCAGUAUUUUUUGAAUAAUAAAAGAAAAAACUUAAUUUGUGUUGAACAUUUCCUCCCACACUGAGAAACAAGUCCUCCAGACAACUCUGUAGAAUAGAUCCUCUACAAACUGCUUCAUGGAGAUUUAACAGGUUCCUAAACAUCUCAUGCUGUCAGAGCAUAUUCAUCUCCGUCAUAGAGCAUGAGAACAUGAGCCUCUGGAUCUGUAACUUUUAGUUUGAUCUUUUUAUCAGAUUAUAUAUACACAAUACACAUACUGUAUAUACUUUUUUAUAUGUGUGUAUAUAUAAAAAAGUAUAGAGUAGUAUGUCACAAAGUAUGAUACUCUGUGACAUACUAAUCUAUCAGAGUAGUACAUCAUAGAGUAGUACAUCGUGCUCCAUUACUGUGUAAGUUGAUGAGUGAAGUCCAUGAUGCUCUGCAGUCAUCAGAUCGUCUCUAUGUUCAGAAGAAUGAGCACAAAACCGAUACAUCCAUAUUGGAAAUUUUUGAGAUGUUCUAUAUUUUUUAAAUUCACUUUGCCAGCAGAUACCUUCGCUUAUUUGUUACGUUCUAAUAAGUCUCCCGUUCUAAAGGAAUGAAUAAAUGCUCGUGGGUCUCUCUUGUAUUAAUGACAUGCGUAUCAGUCGGACACGACUCCUGAUCGGAGAAGCUGUCCUCCAUCACUUGAAGGUGUAGCAGAACCAACUAUAGCAGGGGAGAAGAAGAGUGAAACCUGGAGGUGACUAUGGACCUCCAUGAACUUGAACUCAACCCUUUAAUGACCAACAGCUGCUGGUAAAGUGAGCUAUAAAGUGUGAAGUUAUGUCUCUAACACAUUGUGGUCUGGAUGCUCUGCAGCUUCACAUCAACAUCAAGAGGUGAGUCCUGUGUAGAGAAGACUUCUGCUUUUAAAUUUCAAUCACUGGCUCACAUUAAUUGAUUAAUUGAUUAUUUUGGCCAUGAUAGAAGUGUUGUGAAAACAUCGUGACAGCGCUACGUGGAAGUACAUUCUUCAUAAACAUAUUGAUGGAACAGAGAGGAAGCACUGUGCUACAUGUUGAAGGGUGAAACAUUACCUCACACUGAAACACCCCAAAGAGACAGACACACGCCGACUAGUUGUCAUUGAAUUGUCUUUAAUCAUUGAAAGAAACUAAACAAGUUAAAAGACAUGGCCGGCCACAGACACACUCGAGUGCAUCAGCAUAAUCCUCAUUUGGCUAUUAAAAACAUAAAGGUUGGUCACAACAAGUCUUAGAUAUGGAGUUUGGAUCCAGUGAUAUUGCUGUGGGAAACAAACGCACAGGUAUUCAAAUUCACAUUUUCCGUACCAAAUAUCCUAUGAAUGAGCGCUCACACGACCUAAAGGUGUCGCUCAAGCUAGCUAAAGACCAUGCGGCAGGCAUACAGGGUGUGAGUGACGACAGUUAGGCCUUAUGCUAACGACCUAUAGUGUACAGUGAACGUGUAAAUGUUAGACUGAAGCGUGAACACGUCUCCUCUCUCCUGAAUACAAAAGGAGACAAAACAAACGUUAAA